CUUAGCCAUGGUGCUGAUGACGUCAUUAGAACGUUAAGCUCGACACAUGCUCCAAGUAGCGAACUAUGGCGACGUUUAUCGUUAUUUAUACUUACAGACAAUUAAAUAGUGGUUCAAUUAAGUAAAAAAUAAACUUUCAGUCAAAGUCGUUCUUUUAUAAAAAGAUAAAAAUAUGAACGGUUAUACCUACUCGUUAUUAACUGAGUCAGGUCCAUUUUAUUGCCACAAAAAUUUUUCUAGUAUUAACAAACGAAAAAAAAAAUUCAAUUAUUUUCUAUUCUAUUCUAAUUAUUAAACACCAUUAUACCGUACCAAAUACUUUAUCAACGAGAACUACUUUAAAUAGAGAACGAUAUCGUUAGGGAUCUGAGGCUUGUUAUCUAUGGUUGUCAUGGGGGCCGUAUCAUAGCAACGGAUACAUCAAUAUUUCAAUGUUCGAUAUUCAUGGCGAUCGUCAAAGAUACUUUAUAGUUUUAUUUUUGCAUAUAAUAUGGCACCGAAAAAAGAUAAAAGCAAGCCUAAGAUUGAAGACAAAACUGCUGCAGUUUCGGAAGUAGAACGGACUUUCUUGGAAUUACAAAUAGCUGAAUGUAACAGAAAGGUUGCCCGUCUACGAACUGCUGUAGACGAGUAUGAACUAAGAAAUGAAGAGCUGCAGAAAGCUUACGACAAACUUGAUGAAGAUAGGGCAGAUAUUAUUGCCUACUUAAAGAAGACAUUGAAUUUAAAAAACGAAGAAAAUGCUGAGUUAAAAGAAAAAGUAAAAGGUCUUGAAGAAACUAGGGAAAUAGAAACAGCACAGUUUAAAGAAACUGUUCAGGAGUUGGAGAGAAAUUUUACAGUUAUGAAAGAUCAGCUGACGUCCGAAAAUAAACUGAUGGCAGGUAAACUAAAUACGUUAGAAGAGUUUAGAGCUAUACGUGAUGAUUUAAUGAGGAAGUUUGAUAAACAAGAACAAGAUUUUAAAGAUCAAGAGAUGAAGUACAAAAGAGUAAUCUAUGAUGCAGAAAAGAAGUUCGUUAUUGGUAAAGAUAAACUUAAAAUAGAAAUGGAGGGUCAGUUAUUACAAUUAGCUCAAGAUUUCCAGGAUGCCACGGAACUAAGAAUUGCAGCAUCUACUCAUCGAGUUAUAAGAGAAAAUAUUGCAGUUAAUAACGAAUUAGAUAGUAUUUUAGCAACACAAGCUAAGUUAGCUGACCAAAAUGAAAAAUACAAAGAAAGUGAAAGAGCUGCAAAAAUAGCUAUGGAACUAGCCGAAGAAGAAAGAGACAAAGCUAUUAACAAGAAUGUUGUACAACUGAAAGUAAUCGACCAGUUAACUGCGGCAUUCCAAAAUAUUCAGAAAGAAAAAGGUUUAUACGAAAAGAAAAACUUUGAUUCUGAUGUACUUCAAGCCAAAAUUCAAAAACUAGUGAAAGAAAAUGAAAAUCUGUCAUUGCAAGUACGUAUACUCGAACAAAAUUUGCACGCUCGAAUGUGUGACCAAAAUAAAGCUACGGUUGAAGCAAAAAAGGUAAUUAAAGAGUGUGCCAAAUUGAAAAAAAUACUAAGAGAAGCUGGUAUUGCAGUAAAGGCAGCGUUGAAGCUUGACGAUUGGGCUAGCAAAGAUCCUUCUAAGGAAAUGAUGGACAGACAAGCCUUAUUGUCACGUUUGCUCGAUAUAAUUACGCAGUAUCGUGAAAUACAACGAGCUGAAUCUAUCGAUACCUUGGCAUCUCUUGGCAGAGUUUACGAGGAAGGCGACCUAGGCUUCAUCCCUAAGCCUAUAAAGAAAAAGCCGGUAUCACGAUCCGCCUCUAUCUUGUCUAAGGAAUCUGAAGCGGAAGGAGCGCUUUCAGCAGUUUCAAUAGCUUCGUCUUCACUUGGAAGCAUCAAAACUAUUCCAAGUAUUAAACUCGUACCACCAUCUACUGAGCCUCCAUUGCCCGUAAAAGAAAGCAUACAAUCUUUUGUUACGUCAACGCAAUCUAGCGUCAUUUCCAGUGAGGUCGAGGAGGUGCCAGAAGCUGAGAUGAGUAUGGAGCAAAAAUUAGAGGCCAGUAAAUUAGAGAUUCAGAAAUCGAUACUUAAAGAUCUCCAAUAUUCACAAAUGGCGUUAGCAUCACAUGCAAAGUUGACCAUUGAUAGAGCUUCAAAGUCUGUAAUAUUGGAAGAACCUGGUGAAGAUGAUGGAGAGGAGGACAAAAAUGAAACUGAGGGUGAUCAGAGUGAACAACCGAAACCAGAGGACGAACAACCGCUACCAGAGGAUGAACCAGUGAAUCCGGAAGAUGCUCCCAUUGAAGGAACAGAAGAACAAGAAGGAAAAGAAGAGCAUGCUGAUUGAGGUCUAACUAACAUGUAAAAUAUUCUAACUGUAUCGUCUAAUGUAAAAUGUAACUGUACUUACAGUCAUUUUUAAAACGAUAGUACUUAGUUGUUAAUUAAAAAAAAAAUGCAUAUUAUUUUUAUCUCUGACAAAAUGUUUUGCUAAACUGUUUAUUAAUAUUAUAUUAAUAUAUCUAUGUCCAUUUAAAAGUAUGUACGAGUACAAGUAGGUACAUGGUUUUUUUUAUAUGCUAACAAUUAUUUCAUAGAGACAAAGCUGACAAAAGUUACGUUUUAUUGUCAAACAGUUUUUUAAUAUAAAUUAUUACAUUACCUAUUCGAAAAAUUAAAUUAUUUUUUUUAAUUACCUUUUACAAUCUUCGCAAAUAAAUAUGUAUGUAAUUACAUACAUACUUACGAGUUAUAUAUGCGAAAGUAAGUUUAUGUGUUACGCUUUCACAGUUUAAUUAUAAACCCGAUAAAAAUAUGCUUGCAUCAAUGGAAAACUAAGUACAUUAUUAGCGAGUAACAUGGUUAUACUUUAUACCCACCAGGUAGACUUACGACAUCAAACAAGUCGCAGGGAUGCAGGCGACUUAGGAUCGUGAUGUCUGAAAGUCACUACAAAAGGCCAUUUCUUGCAGUGGACGUCAUGAAAAAUAAAUAAAAUAAAUUUCCUUUUCCCAAUGUUCCUGGAUGUUUCCUAAAGUUUUGUUUUUAAAAAAAUAGGCCUUUAAAAGAUACGAGAGGUCUUUUUCCAAUACUUUACGAUUUAGGGAUCCGUUUGUAAAAAUUUUUGUUACGAGUCAAGUGUCCCCACCCUCUACCGGCUAAACGGUUAUUUAUGGAUACGCAAAAAAAUCCCAAAAGUAGGAUUUAUAAUACAAGGUAAACUA